AUGAUCAAUGGCUUGUUAAGAGGAGUUCCAAAAUGUACCUCGGUGUCAGUAAAUUCAAGAGGCCAUUUUGGGAUUGAAGCCUUCGAGGGACAACUUGCAAUGCUAUGUUGGAUUCACCCUCUGAGGACACCAACAACAACAAUAAGUCGACGACUUGCGGAGAUUCGAUGCCGUGCGAUGGAAACUGAUUGCCGGCAUUCAGACCAUCUUCAAUGGUGUUAUGGGUUGGAGUUACUUCUGCAAAUUGACGAAACUAUGAGCAGGACCGAAUAUAACGGACGACUUCUCCACGAUUUUCUUCGAUUCUGGAGUGAGUCCGGUACACCGGUGCGGCCAGCCGCAGGUGCUCCCGACGAUCGCUCACCAAUCGCCUGCUACUCGGGUCUCGGCAUCAACAACAUUGUGCUCACCGACGCAAACAGCGUUCACGACUUGUCAAGGCAAUUGUGCAUCGCUACUUUCUCAACGUCGCUUCAAGGCCAAAGUCUUCCAUCACGACAAUUUACUCGUGUGAUCCGGUGUCUCUCCUGCGCAACGCUUGGCACGAACUGGCAAAUGCAGCACGAUUCAAAACGACAGUACUUCGACGACUUCUCUCUGGCUGCUGCUGUGAUUGGGACGACUGCAUUGUCACACUCAACAACGGACAAGUUGGGUUUAGAUGUUAUUCGAUUUCACAAUUCGUGGGAGCCGCGAUGCCCUGCUUUGGCUCUUGUGUCUCCGUUCAAACCACCGCCAACGGUGCCGAUCUUUUCGGCUACUUCUGCGCCGCCUGACUACCUCUGCGAUACGCUUCCGAAAAUGCACGAUCAAUGCGUCGCCCUGCUAACAACUCCAUUCGUUGAGGAUGCUGUUGCGAUGAUUCGAGCAACUGUAACAGCAAGAACAACUACCCGAUUCAACCGUACGUGCCACCGGCUCGAACACCGAUCGCUUGCUACAGUGGGAUUGCUGUCAACGGAAAAUUGCUCUCGGAUCGAAACUCGUUCCAUCACUUGUCGUGGCCAGGUGCGGCUCAAUUACGCUCACUACACAGUUGCAAGGAAACGCCGUCAACGCGACACUCUUCGCGUGCGAUCCAGUGACGAUCUGCGAUUCGUUCAACGUCAACAACGGUUGCCGGCGGCACAUGAACGGACUCGUCAAUGGAUGUUGCCUGUAGAUGGAACGACUGUAUUGACAUUGACAAAAACCAAGUUGAAACUAUCAAGAGGCGAUAUGCAAUGCUUCGUCGGUUUCGCUUUGGAGGGAUCGAAAAAUGGAACUUAUGGGUCGACUGGAAGCUGUGAUGGACAAUGCGCAUCCGUUCAAACCACUGUCAACAGCGUGAACACAUGGUUCUUUUUCUGUGCCACGAAUCGCGUGUGCGACGGGUUGAACAUGACAAAUGAUUGCGAUACCCUAUUCAACAGCAACGGUAGAUUCAUUAAGGCUUGCUGCUGCAGUGACUCGAACAAUUGCAACAUCAGCAAUGCCCAUGUGGUUGAAACCAAGCCCCAACUCUUGCCCCAGCUCCCACAACGCUAUCGCCCAUUGCUUGUUAUGUUGGUGUCAACCUCAUGGGCAAACUCGUCACCGCACCGGAUAGUUAUCCAGACUUGCUUCGGCGAGUGCGCGUCGUUCACCUACGCAUCAACAUUCAACGACCAGACCGUUAGAGCCACCAUUUUCUCCUGUGAUCCCGUUGCACUCUGCUCUCAAUUCGGACUCGAUGGCACCUGUGCUACGGUAGGGCAAAUUCAAGAAUGUUAUCAAGCCGAUAGCUCGUCGACGGUGAUCUCUGGCUGUUGCUGUGGAUCUGAUGACUGUCUUGACACUUCAACUGGAUUGAUUAAGCCGCAAGUGAGCACUUCAAAGCAAUGUUUUGUCGGCUUGUCGGUGACCGGACCUGCGUACAAUGGAACCUACGGAGAACCCGGCCGAUGCGAUGGACAAUGUGGAUCCAUUGAGACCAGCGACAGCUACAUGACUUGCGUCGGCAGCUGUGCAUCAGUUUCCUAUUCGACCUCUUUCAUGAACACCUCCUACACAACAACCGUCUUCUCUUGUGAUCCAGUCGCAAUCUGUGCCAUCUUUGGACAGGCUGGUGACGGAUGUGGAACACUUAUUCCUGACGACUCUACAACGAUCGGUGGCUGUUGCUGCAGCUGGGAUGAUUGUAUCGACACGUCGAAUGGAUUGAUCAAGCCAGUGCCAAAACUCGCGAGUCAAUGCUUUGUCGGCUUGGCGGCGACCGGACCAUCGUACAAUGGAAGUUGCGGAGAGCUUGGAAAAUGUGAUGGACAAUGCGGAACGAUUAUCACCUCAUCUUUCUGGGUCUCCUACACCACCUCGCUCAUGAACAACUCUGUCACCGCCACCGUUUUCUCGUGUGAUCCAGUGGCGAUUUGUUCCGUCUUCGGACAAGUCGGCGACGGAUGUGGAAAACUGUACCCAGACAACUCUACAACGAUCGGUGGCUGUUGCUGCAGUUGGGAUGAUUGCAUUGACAAGACGAAUGGAAUGAUCAAGCCACCCCCGACGCCACAAGGGAACAAUCAAUGCUUUGUCGGCUUCUCAUUGGCAGGACCAGUCAGCAAUGUCACCUAUGGACAAUCGGUCACCGGAUGCGAUGGACAAUGUGGAACGAUGUCAUCCUCGGUCAAUGGCCACAACGCGUACGCGUUCUUCUGUGCGUCGAACACUCUCUGUGGGACUUUGUCACUUGUCAACACUUGCCGUAACAUCAAGAACGACGCGAAUCAGCCGAUCACCGGAUGCUGUUGUAACAAUGGCGACAACUGCAACAUCAAUAAUCAACAGGUUCUACCCGGCCCAACUGGUGUCCCAACAACCGCUCCAGGAACUACUCCAAUUGCUUGCUUCUCCGGAAUGUCGCUCGGCGUUGGAAACACAUCCGCGCUCGUCACUCCCGAUAACAGCUAUCAAGCUUGCUUCGGAAGCUGCUCGUCUCUCUCAUUGACGACGGUCUUCUCAAACUAUUCUGUCUCCGCUACCGUCUUCUCUUGUGAUCCGGUGUCAGUUUGCAACGUUUUCCAGGACAAUGGAAAGAGCUGUGGCACGUUCGACGCCGAUAACGUGACCUCAGUUGCUGGGUGUUGCUGCAGUUGGGAUGAUUGCAUUGACAAGACGAAUGGAAUGAUCAAGCCACCCCCGACGCCACAAGGGAACAAUCAAUGCUUUGUCGGCUUCUCAUUGGUAGGACCAGUCAGCAAUGUCACCUAUGGACAAUCGGUCACCGGAUGCGAUGGACAAUGUGGAACGAUGUCAUCCUCGGUCAAUGGCCACAACGCGUACGCGUUCUUCUGUGCGUCGAACACUCUCUGUGGGUCUUUGUCACUUGUCAACACUUGCCGUAACAUCAAGAACGACGCGAAUCAGCCGAUCACCGGAUGCUGUUGUAACAGUGGCGACAACUGCAACAUCAAGAAUCAACAGGUUCUACCCGGCCCAACUGGUGUCCCAACAACUGCUCCAGGAACUCCUCCAAUUGCUUGCUUCUCCGGAAUGUCGCUCGGCAUUGGAAACACAUCCGCGCUCGUCACUCCCGAUAACAGCUAUCAAGCUUGCUUCGGAAGCUGCUCGUCUCUCUCAUUGAUGACGGUCUUCUCAAACUAUUCUGUCUCCGCUACCGUCUUCUCUUGUGAUCCGGUGUCAGUUUGCAACGUUUUCCAGGACAAUGGAAAGAGCUGUGGAACGUUCGACGCCGAUAACGUGACCUCAGUUGCUGGGUGUUGCUGCGGAUGGAAUGAUUGCAUUGACAAGACAAAUGGACAGAUCCGAACGACCACAGCUCCACCCGAGUCGGCAACCAAAUCCUCCUCGUACCCAUCAUUCCUCAUUGUUCUCGCUCUUUCACUCACUAAAAUUCUCCUUGCU